AUGUUGAGGCGAAGAAAAGCGCUUCUCGUUGCUCUUGCUUAUACACUGGUUCUCUGUGGUGUUGUUCACUAUUUCGUGAAUCCAGUGCAACCUACCGCUUACAUGGACGAGGUAUUCCACGAAGAACAGACUAUCAGCUACCUUCACGGCGAGUGGCAAAAAUGGAAUCCUAAGAUCACCACUCCUCCAGGACUAUAUGUUCUAACCACUUUCCUCUGGAAGGUCCUUCCUUUUCGAGCCUGUGUUGAGAACUUUCGAUUCCUAAAUUGCUUCAUCGGCGGUGCCAAUUUCAUCCUCCUUGCUGAAUUAACGCAGAGCAUUCUUUCCGCCCUUACCAUCUCCACUCUACCUGUUCUUUUCUUCACAGCCAUUCUCUUCUAUACCGAUCAGCUGUCACUCCUUGCUCUUCUCCUGACCCUUCAUGCUCAACGCUCUUCCCUCUCUUCCCUAGCGCUCCUGUUUGGUUGCUUCGCUUGUUUUGUACGUCAAACCAACGUGGUCUGGCUAGCAUUCAUGAUUGGCCAGGAGGCCAUUCAGCGACUAGCUCGCACCCAGUCCUGUGCUCGAAAAACUGCUCUACAGUGGUGCAUUUAUCUGAUCAAACAUCCUGGCCAUAUCGUCACCUCAUGCUUCAAGGCAGCUCUCCUAGAUGCUCCCCAUCACACUGCCACGAUCGUUCUCUUUGCCACUUUCGUCAUUGUUUUUAACCAGGGAGAUAUUGUCCUCGGUGAUCGCAGUGCUCACAAACCCACGUUGCAUGUCCCUCAGAUCUUCUAUCUCUUCGUCUUCUGUGCUCUCCAUACACCAACCGCCUUCCUUCGCUACCUCUACACCACUUUGUAUGUUCCAAGACGCCUCUCCCUGAUCACCUCGAUCUGGAUCACCCUACUGCUUUUCUUGACUGUCGUGGUGAUUGAUCGCUUCACUGUGGAGCAUCCUUACCUCCUAGCCGACAAUCGUCACUACACUUUCUAUUUGUGGUCACGGUUAUUUCGUCGAUACAAAAGCUUCCGAUACACUCUGGCACCUGUCUACAUCAUAUGUGGAGACUACGUGUGCCGUGGCUUACGUGGAGGCAGUGUAUCGGAGUUUCUGACAAGUUUAGGCUAUCUUGUGGCCAUUGCACUGGUUCUAGUGCCAGCGGGUUUAUUGGAACCGAGGUACUUCAUCGCACCGUACGUAGUUUGGCGGUUGACCAGACCACGGAUUCGUGAGGAAAGGAGUUACCCUGUCGUGGAGGUGGCCAUGAAUGCCUUCAUCAAUGCUGUUACUGUCCACAUUUUUGCGUUCUAUCCCUUCAGGUGGUUGUCACAGCCCUUUACUUGGCAGCGAUUUAUGUGGUAG